AGAUUUCUCCAGUUUUAUUAUUGAGUAUUUCGCUCAGUGUUUUUCCAAAAAAAAAUAGGUAUUUUUUUUUACCUUGCAACUUUACAAAUCAGUACUAGAUAAUUUCUACAUCAUCUUCCAAAAUGACUUGUUGCGGUGAGGAAUCGGAUGGGAAUGGCCUACCCAAAGAAUCUCUUAAAGUACAAAAACAAGGAUUUACAGAUAUUCCUUGUUGCCUAAUCUUUCUUGUCUUUGUUGGAGGAAUGGGCUACAUAGCUGCACAUGCUUUUAUUAAUGGAGAUAUUUACAGACUGUACUAUGGUUAUGACAGCUAUGGAAAUACUUGUGGUCGUAAAAAUUCUAAAAUUGAGUCACUACAAAAAUUCAAUAUUUCUAACAAUGGCAGAGAUAUGACCGAUAAAACAAAAGUAUUUUUUCUUGACAUAAAGAAUUUCAAAUCUGCAAUCUCUUUAUGCGUCAAAAAGUGUCCAGAAUCAACUUUGAGCAGCAACAAGGACAUUAAAAAUUUCGCAGAAAAAGCAGAUUCAAAUCUUUGUACUUAUGAAACUGAUGUUGAUGAAUACGAAAGCCAAGCUAACGGAAAAUUAGGCCCCUGCCCUAGUUUGCCUGUACUUGCAAGCACGUCAAUCUUAAGUCGAUGUGUACCCGAUUUGCUAAAAGCAAAGAAAACUUUAGAUCAAGCCAAUAGAACAAGAUUGGGAAAUGUUCUUACCGAAUACUUUAGUGAAGUUAGCGAAUUUCUAAGAGAAAGUGUCCUAGAUUUCGUAAAAAAGUGGAAAGAAGUACUGAUUGUCUGCGCAAUUACUAUAGUUCUAGCCUUUAUUUUCGUUUUUAUAUUAAGAUUCAUUGCUUCAGUUGUAGCCUAUUUGUCUAUGAUAAUAGCUGUUGUUGGUGCUAUAGCUGGUACAUUAUUUGUAUGGUGGAAAUUUUAUGAUAUUAUAAAAAGAGAAGAAAAAUUAAAAGAUUACUCAAUCCCAUUUAUAAACUUAGACGUAUCAAAUAAAAAAGUGUUUCUUGGCCUUGGGAUAUUUUUUUCCAUUUGCACGAUCAUUUUAAUUUUAAUAGUAGUUGUUAUGUUCAAAAGGAUAAGAUUAGUGGCUGCAUUAUUUCAUGAAGCUGGAAAAGUUUUUAUGAACACUCCGACAUUGUUAUUUCAGCCUGUGUGGACUCUUCUUGUCUUGGGUGUAUAUCUCUUGUUUUGGGCAAUGAGCAUGGCUUUUCUUGUUUCAUCUGAGCCGCCAAAGUAUAGAAAUGACACAAUGACGGUUGAAUUUAAAAGAGAUACAAAGCUAACUAUUUUCUACGCUUACUAUUUUGUUGCUUUGAUAUGGAUUUGUGAAUUUAUUAUUGCCUGCCAACAAAUGGUUGUCGCUGGAACUGUAACAGAUUGGUAUUUUGAUAGAGAAAAAGAAUUUGCAACCUUUCGAGUCUUGCGAUCGACAAAAAAUCUAAUCUUAUUUCAUUUAGGAUCAGUUGCUUUUGGCUCUUUCAUCAUCUUGCUUGUCAAAUUACCUCGAGCUAUUCUUAUGUAUAUCGAUCAAAAAACCAGAGGGAAAAAAACAAAAUGUGCAGAAUUUAUGUUGAAAUGUUGCCAGUGCUGUCUCUGGUGCUUAGAAAAGGCUUUGAAAUUUUUAAAUGAGAAUGCUUACACAAUCAUCACAAUUAGGAAAACAAAUUUUUGUAAAUCAGCUUGCAUAGCUCUAAAGAUAAUUGCAUCAAACAUUUUGAGAGUUUCUGCUAUCAAUUGCGUGGGUAAUUUUAUUUUGUUUCUCGGUAAAAUCGGUAUAACUGCUAUUGGUGUUGGUGUAACUAUUGUUUGGCUAAAGUUUGUUCGUGGAGUUGAUGUGGGUUCAAGAGAUGAUCUGGAAUUAUGGGGUAUACCAGUAGUUUUUAUGUGCGUUUUUAGCUUUUUGAUAGCUCACUGCUUCUUAUCAGUCUAUGAUAUGGUAAUCGAUUCUUUACUGUUAUGUUUCUGUGAAGAUAUGCGUAUAAAUGAUGGAAGUGAAGAAAAGCCUUAUUUUAUGAAUAAAAGUCUCUUGGUAGGAACAUUUCUUGAUUUAUCUUUUUUUUUUCAGCCGAAGAUCGUUUUUUCGAAAGAUAAUAAUUACAGAAGCAUUACCAAUUUAAUUGAAAUAGGUAUUCGUUGAAGACUAUUCGCAAAAUCCACAGUUAAAUAGUUCAAUAAAUCCAAUCAGCAUCCAGAUAACAGAAAGCUGUUCAAGUCAAAUUACGUAAGAAUUGUAGGAUGUUGUUUAAAACUUUUGUGACAUUUCAUAAUCUCUAUCAAAUUAUCUGUAUCUGAAAUGAAAUUGAUCGGAGAUAAUUUGUCUUAAUCUUUCUAUGGAACAGUAAGGUCAAAAUUAGGUUGUCUUGAACUUGUAUCUGUCUUGUGUUGGACACCGAUUUUUAGGGACUUUACAUUUUACUUGAACAGGCCGUGUUUUAAGAAUAUCAAAUGACAUGACAUGAUGUAUUUUCAAACAUUCCUUGUUCUAUAUUCACAAUUGGUAAUAUUUCAAAACAAACUUUAACAGGAGGCUGUGAAUCUAGUUAACGAAACUUUAAAAAAAGAGGACGGUAUGUCUCAUUCGGAGGAUGUGGAGAUGACGGAAAAAAGCGGACUUAAAGCGGGCGAAGACAAAACAUCUUAAUAGUUUGUGUUAUUGUUAAGAAUUGUUACUUUUUUUCAAAAUUAUAGACAGAUUUUCUUUUCCCUUCCAAUCUAUAGUAUUAAUGAGUUUUAGAUAUCUUUUCAUCCUUUAACUGUUUUAAUUUAGUUUGCCUAAUUCCUAUAAUUUUUGGCUUUGAGAUUUAUAUUUUUUGAGUCUAACUUCCAAGCAAUCUAAGACUUUCAAUCAAAAUGUUGUGACUCAUAUUUUUGUGCUUAAACAUGUGCUCACUUUACCACUUUCUUUAUUCGAAUUUGACAAAUUUAUUUGUUUUGCAGAAAAUUACAAAAGCCUCAGAACAACAUAACAACUCUAACUGACCAAGCGUCAACAUUUACCUGAGCCUUUUAUUGAUGAUAUAGCUUGAUAUAGAUAAUUGUUAAGCUUUAGCAAACUAGAUCUGCUUUUAGAUGUCUUUUUUCUCGAGAUUAAAUUGGUUCAUACAAUAUAUUAUAUUUGUAUACAUGAUGUUGUAGUAUGUUUAAAGCUAUUACUAGACUUAAAACUAUUAUGCUUAAGAUUUGCAUUUUUAUAUUUGCUCUUUCAAAGUCUUAUUUCUUUACCAAAAUAUAUGAAUGAUCUGAACAUUUGUAAACUAAGUCUUCUAAGAUCUUCAAUAAACUAAAAGAACUCUUUAUCAUUGAUUUGAAGACAUUCUUUCUACGAUCCGACUCGAUUACGAAAUCUAAUUAACUAAAAAAGUUUCUCUUGAUGAUAAAGGUUUCAUAUUAGCAUAUGCGUAUUAAAAACAGACAAUAUCCUAUGAUCUUCA